AUGAAACAGUCCCCGCGUCCACGGGCCAACAGUCCUCGCCGGCUUAGCCUCUUGAUCGGCCUCGUUCUCGCCUGCAGCUGCCAGGCACAACGAGAUCCCGUGACCGACUUCUGCCGCCGCUUCGGCCACCAGACCGCCGUCAUCGACCGCCGCCUCUACAUCGAUGGAGGCCUCGUCAACUGGAACCCGAUGCAGUCGGAUCCCGCCAACUACUCCAACACCUGGCUGCUCUACCAAGACCUCGACCACAACAGCGACAGCAGCAUGCCCGCUCUGCACGCCAACCUGUCCAAGAACAGCACCGUGCCCAAUGUCAGCGGCGGCUUUCUCUGGGCCGACGACGUCAAUAAGAUGCUCUUCCUCUUUGGUGGCGAAUACUACCAGCAGCCGCCGCCCGCAAACACUCUCGCCCUCUGGGCCUACGACGUCCUCCACAAUUAUUGGAUCCAGCGCUCUCCUCCGCCUGCCUCUCAGACCAACGUCUACUCUGUCGCCUACGGUGCCGGCGUCUCUGUUUCCGACCGCGGCGAAGGCUACUACUAUGGCGGCUGGCUCUCCAACACCUCUGUCGCCGGCUGGUCUGGUCCACCGCUGGCCUCUUCCGGCCUGUUGCGCUACAACCUCGAUGCCAGUACCUGGGCUAAUAACACUGGCCCCGACGACGUCCGCCGUGCCGAGGGUGUCCUGCUCUAUCUUCCUGCUGGCGAUGGUGGUCUGCUUGUCUACUUUGGCGGUGUCAUCGACCCAUAUGCCAAUGGCACAGUGUCCGAACAGUCUCUGGACACUGUAUUCAUCUACGACGUCCUAAGCUCCAAAUGGUAUUCCCAGAACACAACUGGCAGCAUCCCUGGCGACCGUAGACGCUUCUGUGCCGGCGUCACCUGGACUGAAGACCGGUCCAGCUACAAUAUAUACAUCUACGGCGGUGCUGGCUUUCCGCCCGCUACGGCCGGCUACGAUGACGUCUACGUGCUCUCUAUCCCCUCCUUCACCUGGAUCAAGCUCUACCCGACCGAUGGGAACUACACGGGAUCGUAUCCCCACCACAGCCUCUCCUGCAACGUCGUCUCCGGCGCCCAGAUGCUCAUCAUCGGCGGCUCCUUUCCGCUGACCGAUGACUGCGACGCUGCCUCGCAGUGGGGCACCCACAACGUCGACCUGACCGAGUCGAGGCCGCCCAACAGGGCUCUCUGGCAGCUCUUCGACCCCAAUGAGACCGUCUACAACGUUCCUUCUCCCGUGCUCAGCGCCAUCGGAGGAGCCGGUUCUGGCGGUGCUACCGUCACAGCUCCGGCUGCCGGCUGGGACAGCCCCGAUCUGGCCGUCCUUCUCACCCGCACCGCCUCUGUUGCCGUGCGGACAGCCACGCGCGCCAUCACAUCCUCCACGUCCACCGCUGUCGGCCAUUCAGGCAACAGCUCCCCGCUCAGCAAAGGGGCCAUUGCUGGCGUCGCUAUUGGUGCUGCGGUGGCCGUCGUUCUGCUGGGCAGCAGCUGCUGGUGGGUGCUGCUCCAGCGAUAUCGGAGACGACUCAGGGGCGGCACAACAGGACAGGGAGGACGGGGAGGAGGGGGAGGCCGAGGCGGAUACUAUUCAGGCGGCCACAUCCCACCGCCGCAGGUGGGCAUGAUGGGGAUGCAAAGUGGAUUCACCGACUCUCACGGCAGUGCGCAGCCCCUCAGUUCAAGCCAUCCUGGCAACUGGUCGCCACAGCAUCACGGCAUCACUGCCGGCUAUUCGCUUUCCAGCCCGUACUCGCUUUUUGGAUCUGCUGCUGGCGGCGACGUUGUUGUGUCACAGCCGGUCGAGCUGGCCGGCUCUGGGACCAGUGCGCUCGGUGCAACAAGCCCGGUCGGUUCAGGAUCGGGCACUGGCAACAGCGAGGCUCUCGAGCGAAUUCGCGGCGUCCUGGUCAAGGUCGACGACCAAGACCGUGUCUGGAUGCCCACCGAGACCGAGCUGCAGCUGCCACCCGGCCAGACAGCCUCUCCGGCUCUGGCCAUCGACACCACAGCGGCCAUUGGCAGCGCUGGCAGAAACACACCACAGGAGCUGAGCUCCACCCGCGGCGAGCAGCAGGACGACCGCUCUGGCAGACACGACACCUUUUACCAUCCCUAA